AUGUCCCGCCGCCUCCUCCCCCUGCUCCUGCUGCUGGCGCUGCUCCCCUCCCUGGCGCCGCCUGGUGCGUCCGCACGCCCGGGCUCGGGGAAGGAUUUGGGACAGUGUCCGGUGCUGGAGGACGGGCUACCGCCGUUCGCCGCCGCGUUCCGGGCAAGUUGCCCCGUCUCGACGGAGGGGUACUCGCCCCCGGAGGAGGUUAUUAAUGGGGAUGAACUUCUCAGGAUGUUGGAUGGCAAGGAAGAGCACACAGCUGUCCUUUUCUAUGCAUCAUGGUGCCCUUUCUCACAAAGAAUCAGACCAGUCUUUGAUGAUCUGAGCUCAAUGUUUCCACAGGUUAAGCACGUGGCUGUCGAAGAGUCCAACGCCAUGAAAGCCAUUUUAUCGAGAUAUCAUGUCCGUGCACUACCUUCCAUCAUAAUAGCUCGCAGCUCAUACGUAUUCUGGCCUCUUGGUUCGAAAGAUCUCGACUCCCUGGUCAACCUUUACCUUACUGCUACGGGUCAAGAACCAGUCGCAUAUAUUGGUACUCGGAAGUGGAGCGCAGUGCGAAGCACGGAGUAUGCUAAGAUUUGGAACAGCUCUAUUAGUGAAACAGUGAAGCGAGAACCCUACCUAGCAUUCAGUAUCCUGUUUAUUUGCCUGAGGAUAUUCUUUUUCUUCUUCCCAAAGUUCUUUGCUCUCAUCCAAGACUUCUGGACCGAAUACUACGAGCAAAGCAACCUUGGAAUCCUCGCCAAAUUGACCCAUGCUGUGGAUGUGAGGAAGGUGUGGAGCAAGCUGAGGCUCAUGGUUGGAGCUAAGAAUGGUAGGAUCUGGGCAUCUCUAACUUCGGUGUCGCUUGGUGGGCAACCUUCUCCGCGAGUUGCUGUUGGACUGAUGGGCUCGACCAUCCAACAGCAACAAAACAAGAAAACGUUCUGA